AGCAUGUCCUCGAGCACACCCACCGGCUAUUACCCUAGAGGUCGGUCAAAUUUCCGCGCUCUCGAGGUAGAAGCUGCCUUACGAGCUGGUUAUUGCCAAGUCGGCGGAGCGGAGUGAUUGGGCUUUGGGGGAGUUCGUCCCCACGCGAGGUCGUAAGUUGAGCUACGGGCUGCCAUGGUGACCAUUCAUGUUUAGGUCUCCCUGGAAUGAUGUUAAGUACCUACGUGCCAUUGUUUCUGUACAAGUCGUAGGUUUGGAUCGCCAUGAGACCAGCAGCGCUACGAUUGCCCCUCUACAUCGCGCUAUGGAUAUUUUCCAUCAUCCUUCUGAUCUUGACGGCGGUGAGGCUCAACUAUACACUCCAUUUACCGAAGGGAGACCCGCUCGAUGGAGGGACCGACUUUUACGACCCCAUAGUGGCAGAGCUGCUGGUUUGCUCUGUGCUCACGCUCGGGUUCGCGCUCUUUGUGUUCCGGCCUCCUGUGUCGCUGUUCGCUCAUUUAUUUCCCGACGUCUCGAUCGUGGUGAUCGAGGUGAUCGCCCUCGCCGUUCUCUGGUUCCUCUGGCUCAUCGGGUCCGGGAUCGCAACUAGCAUCUGGCCGAACCUCUCGUGGUGCUAUCAGUACUCUGCGUGUCGCGUUCUGUCGGCGAUGACGGCGUUCGCGUGGCUCGGCUGGCUGGCGCUGUGUGGGCUGCUGGUUGUGGGGAUGUUUGCUGUUCUGCAGAAGAGGCGGGCACCGCAGUUUACUGUGGAGAUUGUGCAGAGCACGGCGCAGACUCCGUCUGUUAUGACGCAGGUGUAGUGCGCCGUGGCCGCGUGAUGGUGUUGUAAUGGUUAUGGACAGUUGUAUUGAUGGACUUUGAGGAAGCCUGCUUUGACGAUUUAUUGUAACAGUCGUGUAGUUGCUGAUACUAGAUCCGUGUUGUAUGCAGCGUUCUUUCCUCUGCGUUUAUAUAGAUAAUCA